UGAAAAGUACGUAUAUAGUGAGAAAUUUCGCUCAAAUCACAACUCCAAUCAUCGUUAUCAUCAACUACUGUAAUGAAAGUCAUGGAAAUGAAAAUUAUUUUCAGGAAACUACUUUUGGUAUUAUGGUCAAAGCUAGUAUACUGUUCCAUAUCUGGUGUAAGCUAUAUGGAUUCUAUUAAAAUGAAUUCCAUUAAAAGUGUGCCUCCUGGUGAAGAUCCUUGCAACCCACUUUACUGGUACCCAAGAAAUAUUCCCGAGUUUUGUAACUUUGAUAACACAGCAAGACCGGUAAGCUCCGAAGAGCCACCAAUAGCUCAUACAUCGCCUCCUGCGGUGCCUCCAGUGUUGGUUCCAAUGAUGCCACCACCUGUUCCAAUAUUGCCUCAACCAAUACCCAUGUUACCACAUCCGUCACUAAUAGCGGGAGUUUCACCGUUGCCUCUAUUCCCAGCACCACCUUCAGCUCCUUUGAUAUCCAUACCAUCAAAUCCAUAUCCAUACUCACAUAUUAAUCCGAUAUCCGCUUUCUCUCCUCAUUUACUACCAUAUCAUCCAUCAUUCCAACGACCUCCGACAGGUUUUGUACCCGGAAUGCAUGGCCUAGUAACAAAAGAUGGUGGCAUCAAUAUAAUGCCUUUCUCGGAUGCCUAUGCCGAUAUGCUUGAAAAACAUAAAAAUAAGGUUAUUCGACGGAAACUUCAUAAAAUAUUGGACAAGUAUGAACAUUAUCCAUAUUCAAGGAAUUAUAGAAAUUUACGAAAAUACGAAAAAUAUUUCACAGAUGAUUAAUAAAAAGCAAAGGCAGAAAAGAUUCCUAUUCAAUUUAAUGAAGAGUUUGAAUCAAGCUUUGUCGAUCUCAUUGCUCGAGUUCAAGAAUUCAGAAUCGCAAUCACAUCUACUUUAUUAUGUACCUAUAGGUGGUUGCAAAAUAUAAAAUUAAUUCCAUCCAGUCAUGUAAUUUAUAUAAGAUCCUUCGCACAAAAAGUAAAUAACUGAACUGUUAAAUAAGCUACUACAGAUACCUAGAUACCUAUUUCAAAUGAUCAGUUUUGACAGCGUAAUUUGAGGGGCAGGGUAAACAAUAUCAUGUCUUUAUCCAAUUGCGCUUUCACGGUUUUUAACUUGUAAACUUGCUCUGAACUAGAUUGGCAAUGAGAUUGGUAUCAAAGAUAUUACGAUUCAAUUCUUUCGUUUUGGUAUUAGGUAGAUGAAAUUAUUAAAAAAAAGUAUUCGUAAUCUAUUACUUUUAUUUAGAAUUGAGAAAAAACAAUAACUUUUGUUAAAUUUAAUCUAUUUUGUGCGUCAUGAAUAAAAUUAGUCUGAACUAAUUCACAAUUUAUACCAACAUAAUAUACAUUUAUAAUACCACUGAAUAAUACAUACAAAGUUGAUUAUCAAAUUUAUUACAUUUUUAAUCUAAUUUCCUUGAUGACGCUUAAUAAUAUAUUAUGAUAAUUAAAUAUUUAUUUAAUCAUACUAAUACAAACUCUUAUUUAAUUACAAUUACUUGAAUUGGACGGAUCACCUGAGGGCUCACGUUAUAAAUGUACAUACUUACUUACCUAAUAGCUAAUGUCUACAAAUAAUCAUGAUACUUUUAUGGACCAAUAAUAUAGUACUAUGAUUAAAUCUUAUUUAAUACUCUCCGUUUUCCAACAUUUCUAGGUAUAAUAUCUACUGAAGUAAAAUAACUUAUAAAGCGUAAUAUUUCUAAAUCAGUAAGGUAUAUUUUAUAUCGCUACUAAAUAUUAUAAGAAUUCAUAUUUCGAAAUACAUUUCUAGUAAAAUAUGCAUCGAGAAAAUUGCAUUCUCACUAAUCCUAUGUAAGUAUCAUGUUGCCGCGAAAUAUUAAAAUCUAACUUUACUUCGCUAAAAAAG